UGGGGCGAUGCGGAGUGGCGAGGGCACCCAGCGGGAAGCCGCCAGGCCUGUGAUCGUGCACGGGAAGGAAGAACCCUGACAGAGGGCAGGGCACGCACACUGGUCUCCGGAUGACGGGCUGCAGCCCUGCCGUUGCCAUGCAGCACGUUGUGGGUGUGCACCCCUCCCUGCUGCUGUGGAGAGGCCUCCUCGGAAGGGACCUUGUUAUAACCAGGACUGUCUGCAGCGCAGGCCCCAGCCAGCCUGGAGAGAAACGCCCCGAGGAGGCAGUCCUGUAUCAUCGCCUCCCAGCUCUGGGGAGAGCCCUGGGGCGGACCCUUCAGGAGCGCGCUGCCUCCACAGCCAAGACGUGGUGGGACAGAUACGAAGAGUUUGUGGGGCUGGUCGAAGUGCGAGAGGCCCAGGGAAACGUGGCUGAGGCAGAGAAGGUGUUCAUGGUGGCUCGGGGCCUUGUCCGGGAGGCUCGGGAGGACUUGGAAGUUCAGCAGGCCAAGCUGAAGGAGGUGAGGGACCGCUUGGACCGUGUCUCCAGGGAGGACAACCAGUACCUGGAGCUGGCUACUCUGGAGCAUAGGAUGCUGCAGGAGGAGAAGAGGCUCCGCGUGGCCUACACGCGUGCAGAGGACUCCGAGCGUGAGAAGUUCUCUCUCUUCUCCGCAGCCGUGCGGGAGAGUCACGAGAAGGAGCGUGCGAGGGCCGAAAGGACUAAGAACUGGUCCCUCAUUGGGUCGGUCCUGGGGGCCCUGAUUGGCGUGGCUGGCUCCACCUACGUGAACCGUGUGCGGCUGCAGGAGCUGCGGGCCCUACUCCUGGAGGCGCAGAAGGGGCCUCUGAGUCUCCAGGAGGCCAUCCGCGAGCAGGCCGCUAGCUACUCCCUCCAGCAGAGGGACCUCCGUGACCUCGUGGUGGACCUGAAGGGGCUGGUGCAUGCCCGGCAGGGCCAGGGCUCUGGAUCGCCAGCAGGGGAUUCCCCUACCAGAGAGAAAGACAUAGAGGCCCUUUCAUCUGCUUUACAAGAGCAGCUCAGCCAUUCCCAGCAGGUCCAUUCCUGUCUAGAAGGUUUACGAGAGCAGCUUGAUGUUCUGGAUAAGACUUGCAGCCAAAUAGCUGGGGUGAUUCAGCUUGCACAGGCCGCCGCGCACCCCGGCCCGGGAGAGCCAGCCGACGGGACUCUGCCCAGCUCCUUGCUGGCGCAGGGGAGUAUGAUCGUGGCCCUGGCCGACGCGGAACAGAGGCUGGAGGCCCGAGUGAGCAGGAACACCAUCUACAGCACGCUGGUCACUUGUGUGACAUUCGUGGCCACGCUGCCCGUGCUCUACAUGCUGUUCAAGGCCAGCUAGCCCCCUGCACCUGCCUCCACAGGGCCUGCGGGUGAAUCCCAGCAGUGAGGUGACACCUGGGCCGUGCGUAGCCGUAGCAGCAUUCGCGGGGCUCACAACAGGUGCACUUCGGUUUGUAGGUGACGCUUGUUCACCCUGGUGAUCAAAACUUCAUGCUCAUGUUCAUUAAAAUGUCUUAGAGGUUGUAUUCUGUAAAACAAGUUACACGAGACUGA